CAAGAAAGAACAGCUUUGCUUUGAACUGAGUGAUUCUUAUCGAGAGUCAUAGUCCAGCUGUGGGUGAUCCUGAGCGGCAGGGAGGCACAGGCACUUUUGAGAGUGCGUUUCGUUUAGACGGAGAGUGGCUGGGAAAUGCAGCACUGACACUUGUUUCCAAUGCCUUCCCUGAGCUCCCUCCAGCCAGGAGGGACUUGACAGCUCCGAGACCCACUGAAGACGGGAGAAGCAGUGGAGACAGAAAGCGGAGAGAGUCACCUGAAGGGAAUUAGGGAGAGCGGCCUGAUGCUGUUUUAACAAGGAUGCUGAGAGGUAACGGCGGGCCGAGGCAUUUACUGAAGACCUGGAAGUGAAGCGGUUCCCCUUCAGCUUUUAUUUGAGGGGGUUAAACGGGCCCUCAAACUCUUCAAGUGAUAGGUGUAUGUGAGGGGUGAUGUGAGACUUGUUGAUGGCUUUGUUAAGGGGGCGGGAAUCACAAAGGAGAAAGUGCAGCUUUGUUGCACUGGAAGCAGCGAGUGCUUUUCUGUCUCACCGUUCUGGAGCUCGACGGUAGGAGGGAAAGUGAAAUUCCGGCAGCACGCCCGAGCGUGACUGGGCUCUGAAUCUACUUGUUGCAGCAGAGCAAAAGUUUCCUUUCAAAUUCCCUCAGAGAAAAAAAACCCAUUUGGCUCGGGCAGAAAGGGGGAAAGGGAGCCAAGUGCGCAAACUGGAAGCCGUGGCUCCCGGGACGCUGGGAGCGCAGAGUGGCGAAGUAUGGCACGGCGGGCAGCUCGCUGAGGAGGUGUGUUCCAGGGGCACUGCCACACUAGAGUCGCCUCCGGAGAGCUGAGAUGACUGCCAGCAGAUGCUGAAGAAGCUACUUGCUUGUGGUAUUCAUUUCCAGGACACUCAAGGAAGGAGAGACAUGGGUCAGACAAGUUCCUGCACUCAAACAGAGCUCCUGGGCUCCACAAAGAGACUGAAUGUUAAUUACCAAGAUUCGGAUGGGUUCUCAGCCUUGCACCAUGCUGCACUUAGUGGGAGCACGGAACUCAUUUCACUGCUGCUGGAAGCUCAGGCAAUGGUGGACAUCAAAGACAGCAAUGGAAUGCGACCGUUGCACUACGCAGCAUGGCAGGGGAAGGUGGACCCCGUGAAGCUUCUUCUUCGUGCAGGAGCUGCGGUGAACCUGUGCUCGCAGGAUGGGCAGAUCCCAUUGCACCUCGCAGCCCAAUAUGGUCACUAUGAAGUGUCCGAGAUGCUCCUGCAACACCAGUCGAAUCCCUGCAUUAUAAAUAAGGCAAAGAAGACACCACUGGACCUGGCCUGUGAGUUUGGCAGACUGAAGGUCGCCCAGCUCCUGCUGAACAGUAACAUGUGUGUCGCCUUGCUGGAGGGUCAGUCCAAAGACAGUGCCGAUGCCAACUUCACCACGCCACUGCAUCUGGCUGCAAAGAAUGGGCACAAGGACAUUAUCAAGUUGCUGAUCAAGGCUGGGAUCGAUGCCAACAGGGUGGCUAAAACAGGGACAGCAUUGCAUGAAGCAGCACUGUGUGGCAAGACUGAAGUGGUCCGACUGCUGCUCGAUGCGGGCAUUGACGUCAGCAUCAGGAACACCUACAGCCAGACAGCCCUGGACAUUGUCAACCAGUUCACCACCUCGCAGGCAAGCAAAGAGAUCAAGCACCUACUGAGAGAGGCCUCGGGAGUUCUCCAGGUCCGAGCCCUGAAGGAUUGUUGGAAUAUUCACGACCUCACCUCGCUCAACAUCAGGGCAGGCGAUAUUAUCACGGUUCUUGAGCAGCACGCUGAUGGGCGCUGGAAGGGGCACAUUCACGACAUCCAGAAGGGGACGGACUGCGUCGGCUAUUUCCCCCCAUCCAUUGUUGAGGUGAUCAGCAAGCGAUCAGGCACCCUGACUCGUCAUGCCUCAGUGCCUCCUCACCAGCGCCAGCUCUUCCCCAAGACACACCAGCACAGCUCGAUCACCUCACAAACCGACGAGACGCAGCAGCUCUACCAGCAGAUGUACUCGCAGACUCUGCCCACCCAUCGCACCUUCAAAUACCCGGCCUUCAGUCGGACCAGUCACAACAACGACAACAGCAAGGUGUCUGAAGGUGACAGGAAUAGCGUGGGCAGCACAGGAAGUGCGGGCAGUAUUCGCAGUGCCGGCAGUGGGCAAAGCACUGACAGUGCCAAUGGACAGACUGCCAGCAACAACGGCAAGGCAGCGCCCCCUGGUGGGGAUCCGGAAGCCUGCAUCAGUAUAGAAGGUCCCAGCCAACAGGUCGACCAGUCUGCAGGCAUGCAGAGACUGCCAGACUUCCCCAGCUACAAGUCUGGAGAACAAGGAUACACGCAACAGUUCAUUCACCCCGACCAACUCCUGGAGGGCAAGGACGCUGAAGCUAUCUUUAAUUGGCUGAGUGAAUUCCAGCUUCAGCACUACACGGCCAACUUCAUCAACGCUGGUUACGACGUGCCAACCAUUAGUCGCAUGACCCCGGAGGACCUGACAGCGAUUGGGGUGACGAAACCUGGUCACAGAAAGAAGAUUUCGACGGAGAUUGGCAAGCUGAGUAUUCCGGAGUGGCUUCCUGACUACAAACCAGUGGGUUUGUUUGAGUGGCUGAGUGCCAUCGGCUUGCCUCAGUACCACAAGAAACUGGUGGAUAACGGCUACGACAGCAUCACCUUCAUCAGUGAGAUCACCUGGGAGGAUCUGCAAGAGAUUGGAAUCACACAGCUGGGGCACCAGAAGAAGGUGAUGAUCGCAGUGAAGAAGCUCCUGGAUGUACAGAAGGCUUUAAAUCAAGCAGAGGCGGAGGCCAAGACAGAGACACUACGGCGCAAGGUUCCCAGCGCACUGGAGAUUGUCACCAUUGAGCCCUCUCAGGGGGAGAAUGGGGAGUGCAAUUCUCCACACACUCCCAAGAUGCUGACCUUCCAGGAUAGUGAGCUGAGCUUCGAGUUGCAGUCAGCCAUGUCCAACCCUUGUUACAACUGCCAGGAGAGCCUUGUUAUGAAGCAGAUCGGAGCCAUCUCCCGGAGUCAGGAGAGCAUCGGCAUCCGAUCCCGAGGAUCUGGCCAUUCCCAGGAGAACGUUCUCAGGGGGACCAGGUCAGACAGCAAGUCUCAGGAGAGCCUGGGCAGCGGGGACGGCAGCAGCAGCAGCGGCAGCAGUGGGAGGACCACCUUCCUUGGCCACUCUCGGGACACCACGCCUAUUCAGCUUGUCAGUCGAAGCCAGGAUAACGGCAGGGCUUUGGUGAACAGCAUUGGAGGCAGCCCGAACAAGGAAAGGAAUGGGCCAGACGGGCGAGACCACUACCAGAGGCCUGCCCCACAGCUGGGGGUGCCCAUGUCAAACACAGUGAAGAUACUGCAGGCACAGUACCCACUGCCCUCAUCGCCGAACUUCACCCCACCCCAUACUCCAAAUAAAGGGAAGGCAGGCCAGGGCCUGGUCUAUCCUCAGCUUCCCAUCAAAGGUAGAUCUGCUGCCUUCUGCUCCACGCUGGAACGUCCCAAGGCCUCACCUCAGAAUAUCUCAAGGUCCCAGCACUUGUCUCAAAUGCCAAAACCCACAGCCCAGGUGUUGGUCAACCAGGGUUUUAUCUACCUGCAGGCCCAGUGUGGUGUCACCAACGGAGACGGGCCUGAGGAUGGGCCGCACCCUGACCCCCUGCCAUUGCCCUGCACCAUGCCCAUUCUCCAGUAUCCCAGCCCGGGCUCGGAGCUCAACGGCAGCAGCCACAAGCCAAAGAAGAGGUCGCAGAGCCUGAACCGUUACGCUAUGUCGGACGGUGAGCCCGAGGAGGAGGAGGAGCUGGACGUUGGGCCCGUCAGCUGCUAUGCCACCCUCACCCGGCGCCCGGGGCGCUACGCGGCCUCCAAAGCCCAGUGCCUAAUAGACAAAAACAUCAUCCGCAGCCAGUCGCUCGCCAUCCGAGGGAAGAGAAAGGGACCUCCGCCCCCUCCCCCCAAGCGCCUGAGCUCCGUGUCCAGCUCCCACGAGCAGGAGUUUGAGCCUGACAAGGUCUCCAACCCAACAUUUGCCCCCUACAACGCUCCCGACCUGGUGGAAGGGUUGCCCGUUCAACGGGAUCUUAUUGAGGGCAACGUGAGGAGCAUUGCUGCCCUCUUGGAACUGACUGGCUCUCCUGGAGUCCAGGCCAAACCCUCGGCCUUGCCAAAACCUCCCAAACCAGAGAAAAGGGAGAAUCCGGAAGUGAGGAAGGAGAGCCAGCGGACUGUUCCCAACAGCCCUGAGCGUUGCCAUGGCAUGUCCGUGUCAGGCAAGGCCAACCCUGGGCCGCUGGAGAAAGCCAGAGAUUCAGCUGGCCGGUGGCGAAUAAUCAGCGAACCUGCGGUCAGCGUGGAGGCCCUGGCGGUGGCCGGAGUCACGGUGGAGGGCGAGGAGGCGAAGUUGGAUACCGAGGACGAGCCUAAAGUCGGGAAAGGGAACCUCAAGGCCUCCUCAUCGUCUCAGAACAGCUCCAGCGAGUGUAUACCUUUUGCCGAGGAGGGAAUAUUGACCAUCAAGCAGCGGCCAAAGCCAAACAAUGGCAGCCGAGCGGAGGCCAGUGCGGACUCUGAGGCUGGCGUGGAGGGAGUGCAGGAUAAGCCAGGCUUUGAUGACCAGUUGGCGAAUGAGGUGACCGGCACAUCUCCCAGACAACCGGAGGUUCCCGAGUUUAACCUGACAGAGUCCGACACGGUGAAACGGCGGCCGAAGGCCAAAGAGAAGGAGACGGCAGAGGGUGUGAACGGAGCGGAGCAGCUAUCGCCGCUGCAUUGCGGACCUCAAUACGCAGAGGCCCAGGCCGUGCACAUUGUGGACUCCGGCCCGCACCUCAAGACUGACUUGGACGAUGACGCCUGUGUGGAGUUCAGGAUCGCUGAGAUUGAGAGGAGCAUCCAGUCCUUGGAGAAGGGAACCAAGCAGACGCUCAGACCCCCACUGUCUCCCAAACCAGCCCUCCCCUACCUCCAGCAAACACCACCCAAACAGACCGGCUCGGUGCCUGCUUCCAGCAGGCAUUCCCCAAACAGGAGGCCGGCUACAGAAGCCUGCCACAAGCAGUCUCCUCUGCCCAGUCUGCCCACCCCCCCGAAGCCUGCCCCAGCCCGAGGCCUGCAGCUCAGCAGUCCCAGAGCCGGCAGGUCUCCGCAGGUCAGCAGUCCGGGCCCCGCCACACCAAGGCUCCCAUCCCAUGCCCAGCUGCCGGGCCUAGGGGGUACCUCUGGGCCCACAGCCUCGGCCGCUGGCAUGAGCAGGCUGACGGCGGGCAUGGUGGUCCCACAGGCGGCACGUGCUCACCAGCGACUGGAGCAGACCAGCAGUUGCCUGGAGGCGGCGCUCCAUGCUGUGGAGCAGAAACUGACUCAAGAAGAUAGUGGCAGAGCAAGCUCCAAUUCCACGAAGUCUGCCGGCAACAUCCUGGAUGACAUCGGAAGCAUGUUUGAUGACCUCGCUGAUCAACUGGACGCUAUGUUAGACUGACCAGAGUUCUUCUGCAAGCUGUCCCUUUCCUUUCCACAGUGAGGCCAUCGGUCCCAGCAGAGAGUUCUGCACUGCCGCAGGCUGGAUGUGCCCAAGGAACAUCGUUUUGGGAAGCCCAUGUUAGAGGCAGGAAUGGACACUGAUAGACUUAUGCUGCAUUUGAUUCCCAGGGCUUGGUUGAGGGUGAACCUCCCCAAAGGUUGGCUUCAGGCUGAAUUCCCUGCAGCUGCUAUCAUGGCAAAAUACUGGCAGCUUUUAACCAAGUACAAUGAACACUAACCACGGGCAUCAGAAGACACUGCAUUUUAUUCCUUUUAUUUUUAUAAAACGUGUAUAGAUAUUUCCCACACUGUCGGCUUCAACUGACCCUGCAAUGAGCACUUAAAUGAGUUAAAGCACAAUAUGUCGACCUGGUUCGGCUGACAGAAGAGAAGGUUCCAGAUCUGGACAAAGAUCUACAAACUACUGUCGUUGGAGUUUCAUAAUUGCACUCAAUGUAAAAAGACCCGUUGAUUAGAAUCAGUUAAUCUCCGAGUGCUGAGUUUCACAGGCAGUCACAAGCUCCUUAGAUAAAAACCCUUCCCGAAAUGUUUCCAUCAGUCUGAAGAAUGUCCUGACCUGAAACAUUGUCUGUCCAUUCCUUCCACAAACUCUGCCAGUCUCGUUGAGUUCCUCCAGCACUUUGAUUCCAGCAUCUGCAGUUUAUGUCUGCAAGCUUCAAAUAUUACUGGUGGUCCACUCACAAGGCAGCACUUACAAAGAGGACACUACCUGUAUCACCACCCAAGCUUAACACUAUAAUGUCUAAUCUUAAAAACGCAAGGAUGUUUAUUGAUUCCAGUUGCGCAAAAGACAAAUGUAGGUCAUUAUAAUUCCUAUCAUUAUUCAGGCAAAAGGUAAAGCUGCAGAACUCUGAGCAGCUCAUCUGAAAGUUGGUGCCAACCAAAUGUGCCAACAGGAUUUCAGGUCCCACACAGUGCAGUGCCUUGAGGGUUUACUUCACUACACUCUUGGUGCUAUAUAAAUGCAAGCUGCUGUAGUUCCCACAGACUGCGGAGGCAACCACGUUGGGGCUGAACCUUACGAUCGAAUUCCGUGCAGUUUGGGAAUCCAAACCUGCUGUUGGCUAUAAGUGCAGAAUAGCGACCAAUUCCUCGUGGGUGAAGCCUUCUGCGCAUCAGCAUCCAAGUGGGAACUUGGCUUUUAAUGAUUUCCCAGCAUGUGUACUCAACCAAAUCCCCCAACAUUCCACUUUGGCAUUGUUUAGUUUAGUUUACUUGUAGCCACGUUGCACGGAGAUGACGUGAAAUGCUUGUUCUGCAUGCUAUCCAUUCAGAUCAUACCAUCCACGAGUACAAUAGAUCCUCUUCAGGUACAGCACGCAGAGAGUCUCCACGUUCCAGCGCCAUCUUGCAACGGCCAAGUCUCGGGAAAGUCCCACGAUCUUGGCCCUAGCACACAUGAUUUAUUGCAACACCAAAUAGGAUUAAAUCAAUCAUUUAUUUUGAACAUUCCUGUUUAGGUUUGGUUCUCUCUAGUUUACAGUUGCAGAGGCUUGGCAUUUGCUGUGUAAACACACAGGUCAUUGUUUCUUUCUGUGAUUGGGCUGUGAUUGGCAAUGACGUUUGCUGGGAGAUAAAUUUGUCUCAUCCUUUCGAACUUUUCAUUCUUUGUUCUCGAAAACCUUUGAACAUUCUGCUGCUGCAAGAUCCACGACACCAUUGUCCUCGCCAAAUAGUUUUGCUGGUUCGAGUGACUGCAGGCAUUAAUGCAGAUUUCCUCCACAGCCUGGUGUGCUUUCCUGAAAUAGCCAUCUGCUCACCUCCCAGAUUCACUCAGGUGUUCUCCUCACACAACCCCUUUUUAUCCUUCCCUUUAUAUUGCCUGAGAGAAUGGCACUGAUCUGUACCUCCAGGGUCUCUCGCUGAUAGAGUGAAUCAUUGCCAGUGAAACAUGGUCAAGUAUAUGUCACGUGUUUGAUAGUCUGGUCCGAGUAGCCCUGAUAUUGUUACUUCUUCCCCUGAACUGUAAGAUGCCGUUAAUUCCCCUAGAAAGGAGCAUUUCUUAUGAAUACUUCAUUCACGGUUCAGUAUGUCAGAAAAGAAUCAUGAAAACUAUUGCAAUGUAAAAACAAAAUAUUUUUCUAAAACAGCACAGUGGCAGAAGGCAAGAUAUUUAAACCGAGGUCAGUAUUUCACAAACAGGUUCUGGUUAUUGGUCCAAAUCUAAUUUGGUUACAGAAUCCCAGUGCAUGCCCUGUAAUUACCACAGCUCUUUUUUACAGCAUUUUGUGUGCCUUUCCUGGCAUGUCAGUACAUAUGUGAAAAUGUGUGUGCGCGCGUGCAUGUUUUUUUAAUUUGUUAACACAAUAAUUGCAGGCUGCCGUGUAAAGCAUAUCAGUACAAACCUAGUGUGUGCAUUUUCUGAUGGUAAUGGAUUGCAGUGCCUUGGAUGCCUGAAAGGAUCAGAGUCAGGAGCUCUGACCUUUCACAACUGGGUUUUACUGAAACUGCCCUCUUUGCUUUAGGGAAGGAGGAAGGAAUGAAGCAUCUGUACAGUUGGCACUCCUGUACGAAUUACUCAGUGGCACCUCCACAUAUGCGUAAGGGCCUUCCACUGUCAUUGGGAAUUGCAUUGAGAAUCCCAGGCUUUGGUAUAACCACAAUCCCAGGUCAUCAUCAGUUCCAUGCGUCAAUACCAAAUGAUGAAAGGCUCAGCUUUAAUAUGGAAGGUGAAACUAUUUCCACUGGUGUGUGGUUCAUAACCCCAGGGCACACAUUUUACAUGAGGAAAGACAGCAUUGUAGUUCUGCAUACCUCGUUGACUUCUACCAAAAGCAGCAAGAAAUGUCAAGCCUUUUUUUCCCAGUGCAGCUGAGUCGAGCUGUUACAGCAGAUUACUCCAGCAUUGCCAUCGAUCACUGUUUGACACAAGCCCUGGCAGAGUAUGUGAUCCUUGGUGUAGGAAGAGUUACUUGUCUCUCGAGGGUUCUUGACAUUUUGUUUGUUAUAUAUUUGUGCUUUGCCUGAAAUAUUUCCAGGGCAAGCCAUUGCCACGGACACCCAAGACAUUCCUGUAAGACUUGCAAUUUGUGGCAUCAUUAGGAAGGGCAAUUUUCACCCAUGAGUAUUGAAAUGAGAAACAACAAUAACAAGAGCAAAGCAAUGCCCUGUGCUGUGCACCUGCCCCAGUUGUUGAAAGUAAUGACCAUUAAUUACUACUGGAGAGUUAGACUGAAUUUCAUUGCCUGUCAGAGUAAACAGCAGAGAUCUGUGAGACCAAAGAUUAAAAUAAGGUGCAGAAGCAGUCUGCCUUCAGAAAUCAGCUGCAUGGGACUGCAUUAUUUCCACUGCCUGUUCAUUAGCUGUAGGAGCUGUCACAGUCGGCAUUAAGUUUGAUGGUCUGGGUGGAAAGGGAGCAGUUGGGGGAGAACUUCCAAAUGGAGCAGUUUUGUGUGACUGAAUAUUUGUGCGUUGGUUAGCCCUACCACACUCAGCUGCUCUCCGACCACCACACAGUUCUGAUCCAACUCAGGGCCUCUAGUAGCUGAGUGGUAGAAUCUGGUGGGGUGAUUGAUGGAGAUGGGAAGAGAAUGAGAUUGGUGUAAAUGGAGCGUUGACGGUUGGCACAGUGAGGCACAGGGCCUAUUUCUGUAUCGCAUACUUCCGGGGAUCUAAAACACGUUCAGAUUAAUUCCCAGAUUAUUUAACCCACUUCAUCUACUACUACAGAAAAUAAAAUGGAGGACAUGCUUAGGAAUGUUCCGGAGAGAUAUGGGCCAAACACAGCCACAUGGGACCUGCUUAGACAGGGGCAUUUUAGUCAGUUUGGACUUUGGGCCAAAUGGCCUAUUUCUGUGCUGUAUGACUAUAUUUGGAUCCAAGUAUUUUACACUCUGCACCAGUAAACCUGCCUUUGAUACAUCACAUACAAGAUUUCCAUAGCUGUGAGUGAGAUGUCUAGCAGAAACUAGCAUGCAGUCCACUCCAAUACAAUUGACCAUUGGGGAGGGCACAUCAGUGUUUGGUUUCCCAGCAACUAUUGGGUGAAACAUCAAUCCAACCACACCCAGCUAUCCAUCAUACCCAUGGAACACUUCACAGCAUAAAUGUAUGAGUUUGAUGUUUGGCAUUUACUCGACUCAAACUAAAUGAAUAAUGAGUCAGUAGGUGUAAGAGGCUCGACGCUCACAGAGAAGUGAUCUGAUAUACUUUAAACGGACAAUUAUAAAGUGGCUUUAGCGACCCUGGUCAUUGUGAUGCAGGGCAAUGCAAUGACUGGAUUAGCACAGCGGCAUUCCACAAAGCGGAUGGAGAUGGUCCCGGUUACAUGAGCAUGUGUGCUUAGAUGAGGCGGUUGUUUGGACUCUGGCCUCAUGAGAUAUGCCAGCCUGGCUCAACCUCCAGUGCAGCGAGGGCAUAGAGUUGCCUAGCAGGAAGGGCACACAGCCACCAUUCCCUGGCACCCUUAUUCCUAUAGGUUCCUGCUUGCAAAUAAACAGCAGAUUCCAUAGCAUUGUCUUGAUCGAUGGCCUGCCCGCAGUGGUGAUCAGUGUACAUCACACCCUGAUUCAAGCACAAUUCUGCCUGCUGUGGUAGUAGUGCAAGUUUAUUAUGUAAAUACCUAUCUGCUCCUACCUUACAGAAUAAUAUAUAUUUUUUAAAAAUAUUUUCUUCUCUUCCUAUAAAUGUACCAAAUGUCCUAGACAGAAUCUACAGGAGACGGAUUGAAAGUUGGUUGGGCGGACAGGGACACUACACUGGAUUUAUUAAGAAUUCUUAACUGCUGUAAGAUUAAUUAGUGCACAGAAUUAUGGAAACAGUUAAUUAUAACAAAUGGAGAAAGGCACAAUGUAACAAUGAAAAUUCUGUUUUGAGCUCUGUAAAAGUUUGAUCUAUGUAAAGUAAAACUUACUGACUUGUAUUAUUGUAGCAAAUGUGUAUACAGUGUAUUCUGAAAUUUCUAACAUUGUGUGAUCAAGAAUUUCAAUUUUUACCUGCUUAACUGCAAAAACACAA